CCAGUGCGGCCGAUAUACGCCUACGUCACGUGCACUCCCAACUUCCGGUUGAAGUGUAAAUUGAUACAUGACACAGUUGUUUGGAGGAACGCUUAUUUUCUUCUUUGGAAAUACGUUAACGUCCACAGAACUACCGACGUGGUUCCGACAUUUUAACGGCCGAUAGUCGCGUGAAGACUCGGCCGCGAUGGAGGCGGUCCCCCGAAUGCCGAUGAUCUGGCUGGAUCUGAAGGAGGCUGGGGAGUUCCAGUUCAGCCCGUCCGUCAGGCAGUUCAUCUUGAAGAAUUAUGGAGAGAAUCCAGACAACUACAACGAACAGAUGAAGAAACUGGAGACGCUGCGGCAGAGCGCCGUGAAUGUGACCAGGGACUUCGAGGGAUGCAGCACACUGAGGAAGUACUUCGGCCAGCUGCAUUACCUCCAGAGCCGAGUACCCAUGGGAACGGGCCAGGAGGCUGCUGUACCCAUCUCAUGGACUGAAAUCUUCUCUGGAAAAACGGUCACCCACGAUGACAUCAGCUAUGAACAAGCCUGCAUCCUCUACAAUCUUGGGGCUCUGCACUCCAUGUUGGGAGCCAUGGAUAACAGGGUAUCUGAGGAGGGGAUGAAGGUGUCAUGUACACACUUCCAGUGCUCGGCGGGGGCUUUCUCCUACCUGCGAGACCAUUUCAGCCACAACUUCAGCGUGGACAUGAGCCACCAGAUCCUUAACCUCAACAUCAACCUCAUGCUGGGCCAGGCUCAGGAGUGUCUUCUGGAGAAGUCCAUGUUGGACAACAGGAAGAGUUUCCUGGUUGCUCGCAUCAGCGCGCAGGUGGUGGAUUACUAUAAAGAGGCCUGCAGGGCUCUGGAGAACUCUGAGACGGCGUCUAUGCUGGGAAAGAUUCAGAAAGACUGGAAGAAACUGGUUCAGAUGAAGAUCUACUACUUUGCUUCAAUUGCACAUCUUCACAUGGGCAAACAGGCUGAGGAGCAGCAGAAGUACGGGGAGCGGUUGGCGUACCUGCAGAGCUCCUUGGACAAACUUACUGAAGCCAUCAAGCUGGCCAAGGGUCAGCCUGACAGUGUGCAAGAUGCCUUGAGAUUCACCAUGGAUGUUAUCGGGGGAAAGUUUAAUUCAGCCAAGAAGGACAACGACUUCAUCUAUCAUGAGACGGUUCCUUCCCUGGAGACUCUGGCCUCCGUCAAAGGUGCCCCGCUGGUGAAAGCUCUACCAGUCAACCCCACAGACCCCAGUGUUACUGGACCAGACCUGUUUGCCAAGUUGGUGCCAAUGGCUGCCCAUGAAGCCUCUUCAUUAUACAGUGAGGAGAAGGCCAAGCUGCUGAGGGACAUGAUGUUCAAGAUUGAUGGCAAGAAUGAAACACUGGAGCAGUUCAUGGACUCUCUGGGUUUGGAGCCGGAGUCGGUGGACAAUCUGGACAUGUACAGCCACAUCCCUCCGGUCCUGAUGGAGAAGUGUGCGGCUCUCAGUGUCCGACCCGACACCGUCAAGAGCCUCAUCCAGUCCAUGCAGGGACUCUCGGGUGUCUUCACUGAUGUGGAGUCUUCACUUCGGGAGAUCAGAGACGUCCUAGAGGAAGACGAGGUCGGACAGCGAGCCCUGCAGGAGGUCUGCGGCCCCGCUGCCGGCGAGUUGCACCCAGCAGCGCAGGCCCAGGCGCUGGCUGAGAUCCGCAGGGACCUGGAGAAGUACAUGGAGGCUCACGAGAAGGCCAGUUUUACCAACACGGAGCUCCACCGGGCCAUGAACCUGCACAUCAGCAACCUGCGUCUGCUGGGGGGGCCGCUGGAGAGUCUGAAGGAGGCCCUGCCCCGGCCGCAGCUCAGCGAAGAGGAGGUAGCAGGGCUGCAGUGUAUGAAGCGGAUCCUGGGGAAGGUGCAGGAGAUGAGGGAACAGAGAGGAUCUUUGGAGAAGCAGCUCCGCGACGUAAUCCAGCAGGACGACAUCACCUCCACCCUCGUCACCACAGAAAGGGCAGACAUGAGGCAUAUAUUUGAGGAGCAGCUGCAGAAGUACGAGCAGGUGAAGGUGUAUAUCGACCAGAACCUGGCAGCUCAGGACAACAUCCUGAAGGCUCUGACUGAGGCCAACGUCCAGUACGCCUCAGUGCGUAAGGGCCUGAGCCAGACGGAGCAUCAGUGGAACAGCACCGUCCAGGGACUGGUGGGCUCCUACGAAGCCUACGAGGACCUGAUAAAGAAGUCGCAGGAGGGGAAGGAGUUCUACGAAGACCUGGAGGCCAAAUCAUCACGUCUGCUGGACAGAGCGAAGGCUCUGUGUGAGACUCGGGCAGAGGAGAGGAAGCCCGUCUUGGAAAAAGAGACCCAGAAGAAGCCCCCGGCACGGCCUACAGCUGCCAAGCCCUUCUUGAAGCCAAAGGCUUCGGAUAACGACUCCGCCUGCUCCAGCCUGGACGAUCAAGAGUUGGCCCAGCUUAGUGCAGCCAUCUUGGCCUUGGGGGGCGACCUACCCCAGGAGCUCCGCAGCCUCCCUCCUGACAUUCCUUCCCUCCCCACCGCUGGAACUCGUGUGCCCGGACAUGAAGUCUUCAUGCCCCCGUCUGCUAACCUGGGCGGCAGCAGCUCUCUGCCUUGGCCCGGUGCUCCAGCUGCUGGUCUUCCUCUCUUCCCUGCCAACCUGCCUCCUCCAGAGCUCCUGGCACGGAUAGCUCAGUUUCCUAUGUCUGGGCCUCAUGGACCUCUGCCACGCGGACCCCUCCCUCAGAUGACUCCACAGAUGCCUCCACAAAUGCCAAACCAGGCAGCUGUGUCGGGCUAUCGCCCACCCCAUCCUCAAGCCCCCCAACCCUGCCUCGUAGCCCCUGUCCCGGUCCGACCCUCGACCACCACGGUGGAUAGUAUCCAGGCUCCUAUCCCCAGCUACGCCCAUACACCACACCACCCUGCAGGCUCAACUGGCUACACUGUACCUCCACAGAUGGGGGCCUACCCUCAGUUUAUGCCCCGACCAGGAAUGCCCAUUCAAGGGCCACCCCAACCCCAGCAGAAGCAGCCGUACCCUCAGGCCAUGGGGCAGCCACUGCCUCAUGGGUACCAGCCUGGACCAAGCCCUAUUUCUGCCCCUCACCCUCAUCUCCAGGCUCAGCAAGCCUACCCUCAUGGAUACAUGCCCCCUCAGCCUGGUGUUCCUCCACAUUACCAGCAGGUGUUCCCAGGUCAGCUGCAGCCACAUCAACAAAACGGCUAUCAGCCCCAGCCUCAGAUACCCCAGGGAUACCAGACUCCACAGGGCUACGUGCCCCAGCAGCACCCUCAAAUGAUGCCGGGCUCCAUGGCAAGGACUCAAACUGUACAUCCACACAUACCCCCAACUUCUCAGCCAGCACCUCCUGCCCCUCAGCCCUACCUGCCCCAUCCCCACCAGCAGAUGCCCCCUGGACUCCCUCACCCACACAUGUUUCCACAACAGCAGCAAAUCUCAAUGCCCCCCAAUGCCCAGCAGAUUCCACCCCACCCACAGAUGCAGAUACCAGGCGGUCCCAGAGCACAAAUGCCCCCCGCAAGUCAGCCAAUGCCUCCCAUCUCACAGAACUACAUGCCCCCCACAAACCAGCCCAUUCACCCGAACUUGCGGCCACAGAUGCCUCCGGCCUCCCAACCUCACAUGGUCCACCUGCCAAGAUGCCCCAUGCCACAGAUGCCACCACAACAUCAUCACCACCCUGGACAGCCUCCGAUACCAAACAUGCCCCAGCAGCCUAUGCGAAUGCCCAGCCAGGUUCAGCCCCCUCAUUCUGGAGGAGUGUGCUACCCUGGAGGGGCUCCAAUGAUGCCUCAGCAGCCCCUGGCCCCACAGCCUGCAGCUCCCCAACAAUCUCAGGCUCCUCUUCCCAUGAUUCACCCGCAGCCCUCUACGAUAUACCCUCCAGCUCCUAAUGUUCCUCCAGGUGCCCCACAGCAACCCCCUGCCAUGGGACCGCAUGGUCCACACGUUCCCCCCACUCAGCACAUGUUGCAGCCCUCUCCUGGAGGUCCUUCAGCGGCUCAACCGCCCAACGGUGUCCCUCCUUCCCCUUCGCCUUCCCCCUCCCCAUCUCCAUCUCCAGGUCCUACCUCUCUGAGUCUGAACCCCCAGCAGAGACCCACACCAGCCCCCACCCCUGGAGCUCCACCCACUCUUCCCUCCCCCUCUUCUGUAUCUCCAUCCACAUCGCUGUUUCAGCGGCAGAACUCAAGCACAGAUGACCUUCUCUCUUCGAGCCCUGAGAGCCAACCCGGAGGCCCCAAGGCCCCAACCAAUGUCCUGCAACCCACCAAAGCUGACCCACAGGAUGGGGAGCGUCGCAAGAAGAGCUCCCAGGGAGUUCUUCUGAUCCAGGGUGACCCAUACCAAGCUCCAGAGCGUGUCGCCCGUCUCCAUGGGGAACUGGAACAUUACAGAGCCCAGGUAGAUUCUCUGGAGCACCCCUCAGAGAAGGAGGGUGGCCUGUCGGUGCUGGACGCCCGCUGGAAAGAGCUACAGGACCAGCAGGAGAAGGACGCCCGCCAACUCUCGAUCGCUAUCGCCCGUUGCUACACCAUGAAGAACCGUCACCAGGAUGUCAUGCCCUAUGACCUCAACCGCGUGUUGCUGCAAUCAGGCAAAGAUGACUACAUCAACGCCAGCUAUGUGGAAGACUUGUCGCCGUACUGCCCACGCCUUAUCGCCACACAGGCUCCGCUCAGCGGCACAGCGGCGGACUUCUGGCUGAUGGUGUAUGAGCAGAAGGUGUCACUGGUCGUCAUGCUGGUUUCAGACCAGGAGCUGGAAAAGGGAAAGGUUGUGCGCUACUUCCCAACGGAGCGCGGCAAGCAGGUCUCUCAGGGACCAAUCACACUCAGCCUCACCACGCAGAAGACAACACCGACACACGUGGAGCGCAUGAUCAGCCUGCAGUACCGCGACCAAAGCCUGAAGCGCACCGUCGUCCAUCUCCAGUUCACCUCCUGGCCGGAGCUGGGUCUUCCUGACAACAAGAGCAACCUGCUGCGUUUCAUCCAGGAGGUUCACGGACACUACCUCCACCAGAGGCCCUUACACACACCUGUCGUGGUGCACUGCAGCUCGGGCGUGGGACGCACCGGCGCCCUCUGUCUGCUGUAUGCUGCGCUGCAGGAGCUGGAGGCAGGGAACGGGAUCCCAGACCUUCCGCUGCUGGUGAAGAAGAUGAGACAGCAGAGGAAGAACAUGCUGCAGGAGAAGCUCCACCUGAAGUUCUGCUAUGAGGCGGUGUUGAAGCAGGCAGAGCAGGUCCUUCAGAGACACGGCAUCACGACCGCCACCUGCAGCAAGAACAGCAGCUCUGCAGCCGCAAAGCCUUACUCCAGACAGGAGUCCCAGCAGGACCUCGUCCUCGGUGGAGACAUGCCGAUCAGCUCCAUCCAAGCCACCAUCGCCAAGCUCAGCAUCCGGCCUCCCAGCGCCACAGACCCGGCCAUGGAAGCCGCCUGCGGCCUGGAGGAGCAGGCCGGCACCGUCUUGGACUCUCUGGAUGACGUCCAGCCGCUCCAGGACCCCUCCCUCCCAACAGAUCCUCAGCCACCCUCCUCUUUGAGCCCCCCUCUCACCUCCCCUCCACACUCUCCACCACCACCCAAUGGCCUGGAUGCCGUCUCCCCCUCCACGCCACCAGCAACGAACCACCAGCCACUCCCAGAAGCUCCGCCUAGCGUCAGCCCUCCCCCGGCCUCCUCUGCUCCGGCUCCAACGUCCCUGGAGCUGCUCGCCGCCAUGACGCCCGAGGCCUUCUCCAUGGAGGGAGGCGGCAAGGGGAAGCAUCGGGUCACCAAGCAGAGCUUCCUGCAGCCAGCGGAGGGUCAGGGUAUCCACGGGACCCGAGGGGAGGAAGGGGACGACCCGCUCAGUAGCCUGGACCCGCUCUGGAGCCUCGGCAAGCGCUGAGACGAGUCCACGCGUCUCCGCCUUUCUUUCACGUCACCACCGGGCGUCAGCGAAGGCCUGUAGCUCUUUGUAAUCCUGCUUUUAAGAAGAAAAACACUGAAUCCUGAGGGUGUGAGACAUUUUAGCAGUUUACCACGAUGUGCCUGGUGGUGGCAGACGGUCGGGGUUCAGUUGUGAAGUUUAAAACACACACACACACACACACACACACACACACACUCACACACACGCUUCUCCUUCCAUCACAGGUGGCUUCUGGGACCAGAUCACUAUGCACUCGUCUGUAUUCCUUCUGUCGCUCUUUGCUGCUUUUCUUUCUAUGUGUAGAUGCUGUGCACUCCCAACACCAGAUAAGGCCCAAAAGAAAAUAGAAACAAAUCCCAGCAUGCACUCCACUCUCACAGCCCCCCCUCACAGGGUGCGAUGGUGUUCGGCUGCUCCCUUCUGCGAUGGUUUUAAUGACUGGAAUAAUGGCUGCAUGGAGUUGGCAGAGGAGCUGGGUGGAGCUGGGUGGAGCUGGGUGGAGCGAUGGUCAGUGGUGACAGAGAGCUGCACACAAAUCACGUCUUAACAAGUUGAUUCUUUCCCUUCACUUGUAACUCUGUAAAUAUCUUAAAUAAAGUUAGACUAUUCCAAAUGUCCUUCUGGGGAAAGUUCACUAAUCAUUCAUUAAUGUAAAAAUAUUAAAUAAAUCCAGUAGACAAGA